UGUUCACUUCGCUUUGCUCCUAGAGAAACAAAUGACCUUGAACCAUCUUGCACAGGCAGCGAGGACGGUGACGCAGUCAAGUGACGUCAUACUUCAGAUGAGCGAUGAUUGGUCGUUGUUGGAUCUAGACAGCAUAUGCCGGCAGACUGUUUCGGUGACGUGUGCAAAAGGCACAACGAGAUGGUUCAACACAUUACUGAAUGCGUGUGAAGAGUUUGAGAAGAUUUUGGAUGAUGACGUCACUCUGGGUCGCUUCACUGAUUGGUUGGAUAAACUUACAAAAACCUUCAUUGUUGAGCCCAGCAAUAAUCAAUCCAACAGAGUUUGCAAAUUGACCCGGAAGUUCUUGUUAACCUGGUCAACGUUCACCUCAAAGGUUAUCCGGGACCUCACUAUUGGCAGCGCUCCAAGUUUUGGUUCGUUUCAUAUUCUUCAGCUGAUGUUAGAGCAGUAUAUACUCUACAGGGUCGACCUUAUCAUGUCGGAUGCUAGGAUGAAUGCAACACUCUCUAUUCUGCGUAGAGACAGUUGCCAAGACGAAACAUUGGAAGAAAUUGAGGAGUCAUUUCGAUGGAGAAAUGCAGCAGGUUUGACCAAUAAUCACACCCGAACAUAUCCGUGGGGAACAUCGUCCAAUGAGAAUCCUCGAUACAUGCAAGGAUCUAUCGAUGCUCCUUCAUUUAACGCUUUUCCUGAUUGGUCACGAGUGCAGGAUGGAGUUGCCAGUUCUAACCAUUUAGAACACGCCACGUGGCGGCACGAGAAUGCAUUGUUUACACAUGCGCAGUUACCUCAACAGUUUCUAGCGACCACGUUUUAGGUACAUGUACUUUAUUAGAUGCUGUUAAUUGAUAGAGGUAUACUUUCUGCAAGUAAAUCUUUAUAUUAACUGUGACUUUCAGGUAGUUUGAAGAAGAGAUAAGCCUCCACAUGAGAAAAGAAAAAGAUUUAUAAAUCAUUGUGAAACUAUAAAAGUCUAAUUAGUAGCAAUUCAGCUAUACAUGUACAGACCCUAAUAUACUGUAACUUUGUAAAUAAGGCCCGCUAUAUAUCAUCGAUGUGAUUAGUACAACAUGAAUACACAGAAAUGACAAGGAAAUGACAAAAGAAAAAGGUUUAUUUCCCCUCCCCUGUCUCUUUCUACCAAUUCUAUAUGUUUGUAAGUAAUCCCCUUCUUUUUCUUUCUCUCUCGUACUUUCUUUCGUCUAUUCUUUCU